GGGCGGCGGGGCUGUGGCCUAGCGAGGGCGGCACGGCCGGGACCGGGGCAGGCGGCGGGGAGCAGCGAGGGGAAGCGGGGAGCCGCGGGUUGAAGGUGGAGUGAGGCCUCCAGCGCGCCCGGCCGGGCCUCUCGGGGUGCUGCGGGGCGAGGAGCAGCGCCGGGCCCCACCGGUUGGGGCGAAGCGAGGGGCGGAGCAGCGCUAGGGCCCGGAGAAGAGGUGGGGGGAAGCGGAGGGGAAGGAGGAAGCGGAGCCUCGAGGCCUCGCUGCCCUCAGGGCGGGGACCGGUUGCGUCUUCCAGGCCCGUGGGGAGCUCGGGGUGCGGCGAAGAGGAAGCUAAACCCCCCUCAAGCCCUUCGCCAUGGCGGCCCCGGGGGCUGUGAGCAAUGGGAUCCCCGCGGGGGGCUGCGGCGGACGGCUGAACCCGGUGGAGACGUUGCAGGAAGAAGCCAUCUGCGCCAUCUGCUUGGACUACUUCGUGGAGCCCGUGUCCAUCGGCUGCGGGCACAACUUCUGCCGCGUGUGCAUCUCGCAGCUGUGGGGAGGCGAAGGCGGCGAGUACGACGUGACCCCCGGCGCCGUGGGCGGCGGAGAAGCGGGUAUGGGUGAGGUGCUGGAAGAGGAGCUGGAGGAGGAGGAAGAGGAGGAUGAGCUGGAAGAGGACGAGCUGGAUGUAGUGCAGGAGGAGGAGGAGGAAGAGGAUGGUGGGGCAGAGGAGGAGGAAGAGGAUAUCUGGAGCGAGGAGGAGGAUGCCGACCUGUGGGAUGAUCCCGUGGAGGAGGAGAUGUGGGAUGGUGGGGUCGGGGGCGAGCUUUACUUUGGGGACGAGGACUACGACGAGGACGUGAUGGAGGAGGACGUGGAGGAAGAGGAGGAGGUGGAAGAGGAGGAAGAAGAAGUGCAGACGCCUCCUCCCCCUGUCUUAGCCGCGCGGCCCCGGCGCCUCCAGACCUUCACCUGCCCGCAGUGCCGGAAAACCUUUUUCCAGCGGAAUUUCCGACCCAAUCUUCAACUGGCCAACAUGGUGCAAAUCAUCCGCCAGCUGCACCCGCACCCCCAGCGUCUCGCACCACCAACAGCUGGAUCCUCCGUUUCGGGAGCUGCUGGCGGCGUUCCGGCUGUCCUGGUAGCGGUGGGGGGUCAGGGGUCUCCGAAUUUGUGCGAGAAGCACCAGGAACCCCUCAAACUCUUCUGCGAGGUGGAUGAAGAAGCCAUCUGCGUGGUGUGCAGGGAGUCCCGGAGCCACAAGCACCACAGUGUCGUCCCCCUCGAGGAGGUGGUGCAGGAUUACAAGAACAAACUCCAGAGCCACUUGGAGCCGCUGAAGAAGAAGCUGGAUGCGGUCCUGAAGCAGAAAUCCAGUGAGGAGGAGAAGAUCACGGAGCUGAGGGACAAGAUGAAGCUGGAGAUCAAGGAAUUUGAGUCAGAUUUCGAGGUGCUGCACCAGUUCCUGAUUGGGGAGCAGGUCCUGCUCCUGCACCAGCUGGAGGAACGCUACGAGAGCCUCCUGGCCCGGCAGAGCCGGAAUAUUGGCCAGCUAGAAGAGCAGAGCGCAGCCCUCAGCCGGCUCAUCGCUGAGGCGGAGGACAAGAGCAAGCAGGACGGGCUCCAGCUCCUCAAGGACAUCAAAGGCACUUUCAUCAGAUGCGAGAACAUCAGAUUCCAGGAGCCAGAGAUGGUGCCAGUAGAUGUGGGGAAGAAAUAUCGCAACUACUUCCUGCAAGACGUGGUGCUGAGGAAGAUGGAGAAGGUCUUCAGCAAAGUCCCUCAUGCCGACAUCACCCUGGAUCCGGAUACGGCCCACCCUCGCCUGAGCCUCUCCCUGGAUCGCCGGAGCGUCAAGCUGGGCGAACGCCGCCAGGAUCUGCCGGACAACCCCAAACGCUUCGAUUCGGAUUAUUGCGUGCUGGGAUCGCAGGGAUUCACAUCCGGCCGCCACUACUGGGAAGUGGAGGUGGGAGGCCGCCGGGGCUGGGCGGUGGGAGCAGCGCGGGAAACCGCUCGGCGCAAGGAGAAAACGUUAGGACCGCACCAAAAACGGGAAAUCUGGUGCGUGGGCACCAACGGGAAGAAGUACCAAGCGCUGACGGCGACGGAACAGACGGCGCUGGCGCCCGGUGAGCGGCCUCGGCGCUUUGGAGUUUACCUGGACUACGAGCGGGGCCAGCUCGGCUUCUACAAUGCCGAGAGCAUGGCCCACAUCCACACCUUCAAUGCCUCCUUCCACGAGCGGAUCUUUCCCUUCUUCCGGAUCCUGGCCAAGGGCACCCGCAUCAAAAUCUGUGCCUGACUGGCCCUCGCCUCUCCGUGCCGGAUCUGGCCUUGCACACAGCCACGCUCUUUCCCCACUCCCUUUAUUCCUCAGAUCCCGUUUGGGGAUCGAACGCUGCACUUGUCUUCUUGUACCCGCUUGCUCCCAAGGCCUUUUCCCUCCGGGAUCGCUGGUUUUGGUUGGAACAGGGGAGGAUCCCCUCGGAAGCGUCUUCCCACUGCUUUUGGUUGGAACAGGGAAGGAUCCCCCUCUCCCACUGGCUCUCUCUCAGUGCUCCGAGCUGCACUCUCCCUCUUUCCAGUCGAUGCCGAAGCUUUUUAGUGCAGUUGAGUUCGGAGGUGCCUCUUGGCUCCCCUCAGAAACGGAGCUCAAUCCUUCAAGCUCCGUAAAUCGGGAGCGAGCGCUCCUGACGUCUCCAAACUGCCAUCGUCACCAUUCCAAAACCAUCAGCUUUUGUAUCCGCGGUGCCUGGAUUUCUUGGGAUCCAUCCUCAGCUCCCAACCGGCGUUUGGACCCGGAGUUGACCCCGCUUCAACCUGCAAUGUCCCCUCUUUCCUUGUCAUUUCUGGGAGUCUCCCGACUCCACGUUCCCCCCAUUCCCAUUCCUUGUGGACCUGGCACUUUAUCAGGGGCCGAGGAGGGUGCGAGGAGCUGAUUUUUCCCCCUCUGGAGCUGGCACAUCCCGCCCACAGGUGCCGGAUCCGGCCUCCCCUUGCAGAGCUCUGAGAUGGGAAUAUUUAUUUUCUCUCCCUCUUUCCUUCUUUUUCUCAGCUGCGGCCGAGUUUCCAGCUGAGUCCGGUCCCACUCCAGAGACUCUGCCCGCUCCAGUUGUGUUUUAUUCUGCAUUUUUUUUUUUUUGUUGGUGGAUUGGGUUUUUUUUUUGUUUGUUUCUUUGUUUGUUUGUUUGUUUCCCUGUUGGAAUUCCAGAGUUAGUUCAAAAUAUUUUUGGCUAAAAACGCGAAUUAAACGGAGAUUUUAGUUUUAUGAGAUGUCAGGAAAUGAUUAAUAAAGAGUCAAGUU